AAAUAAAGAGCCGUUGUAGCGUUGGCGCGUAGCGUUCCUUCAGUGUAAUUUCUGCAUCUACUCUAUACGUACAGCAAAAAUCAAAAUGGCUGGAGGAAAAGCUGGUAAAGACUCUGGAAAGGCAAAGGCGAAGGCCGUCUCUCGAUCAGCCAGGGCAGGUCUGCAGUUCCCAGUCGGUCGUAUUCACAGACAUUUGAAGAACAGAACGACGAGCCAUGGCCGUGUCGGUGCCACAGCCGCUGUAUACUCUGCCGCUAUUUUGGAAUACCUCACAGCUGAAGUUCUUGAGUUGGCAGGCAAUGCUAGUAAAGAUCUGAAGGUAAAGCGUAUCACACCCCGUCACUUGCAGCUGGCCAUCAGGGGAGACGAAGAAUUGGACUCGCUUAUCAAGGCAACCAUCGCUGGUGGUGGUGUCAUCCCUCACAUCCACAAGAGUUUGAUCGGAAAGAAGGGAUCACAGAAGGCAACAUAAGGCCUGGCUAACUUUAGCAAACUAGGUCACCUUUUUUCUACUGCUGCACCAAACACCACCACUAUCGCGUAACUGUUCCCCCCAAAUCUGCCGGUCUUUCCCGUACUAUCAGUCUGUUGGUCAUUUGUCGGUGGCUUCCUCCCAUCGUAGCCACGCCGUCUCAGGUCGUCGAAAGGACUAGAACAAAUAGGAUUGUGACCCUGUUACUUUAAAGCCGAAGGCUCCAGCUGAAUCGGACAUCAAAAUCAAUCAACGCAUUAUGAUUCUUCAUCAACAUAAUCAGUGCUUGGCGAAGCUUUUUCAUUGCACCAUUAGUUUCACACAUUAAAAGUUGCAGUGCAAGUGUUGUCGAGAGAAGUCUACAGGCAGUUUGGAAAGGUGGAAAAGUCCCUCAUAAAUACUGUCGUUUCUGCCUUUCAAGUUUCACUACAUUUGAAAUUGGUAGUGGUAACAAUUCCAUCUUUGGAGCAGCAUUUUCUUUUUCUUCUCUUUUUUUUUUCUUGAAUAUCUUGUACAGUCUCAAAACUUCUGAUUCAGUUAUGUUUUUACAGGAGUAGGUAUUCGGUAGAAUUUGUAUGAAAUUCCUAAUUGUAUUAUUUAAGCUCAGUCGUGUGAGAGAGAUGUGUAGAUGUAUAGUUGAUAACAAUAAUAAAAAUCAUUAACUUUUCAUUCAUGCAAGAAAUACGCUUUUGAAGAAAAAAAUGCAGGUUCGGGUCCGUAAAGGGCACUGGAGCGUUGUACAAAAAAAUUAUUGGGAGGGGGUUUUAGAC